AGAAAAUCUGGGAAAUUUUUUUGAAUGUCGUUGUUCUCACAGUGCCCACCCUUUGCACUAGUCCUUGUAGCACUGGGAUGUUAGAGCAUCCGAUAUCGUCUAGCAAAAGUCAAGGGCCUGUCUGUAACUUGACUUGGACUGCCACCCGCGCAGCGAAGUGGAACACCUCUUCUGCUUGCCAGCUCGAGAACCACCCUUAUCCACCAUCUCUCCCUUUGUACGACACGCCCUCAUUCUUCCUGCGCAGCGUUCUAUUUACUCCUGUCAGCUGCUGUGAGAUAUCCUAGCUGAGCGGUGCUUUGAGAUCUUCCAGGCACGAGGCCACCCGUCAGCAUCGUGUCCUGAGCAUGGCAAGAUAGGAUUGACCUUUUCUCUUCAAACUUUGUCUCUUUCUUCAAACCAGUCAGUCAGUCGCCGUCAAAAUGCGAGGCUCCUCCCUUCUUCCAAAGCAACUCCGCGCCCUAGGGAAAAGCGACAGUUGGCUGAACCGUACCGUCACCUCCCGUCUGCUCGCUUUAUCAGACAUUGCCUGUCAACACCCGAUCCAUACAAUUGUCCUGGUUGCUUUGCUUGCCAGCACCUCAUAUGUCGGCCUCUUGCAAGAGAGCUUAUUUGACAGUGGCGUAAAGUCUCUGGAACACAAUGGCCAGGUGGAUGUUGAAGCGCUGUUGAAGGGCAGCCGCACAUUGGAGCUUUCAGAGAAGAGUGCCUGGAAAUGGCACUUCGCGGACGAUUCUGGUGUGCCACAGGUGUCUUUGGGAGCGGAUCAUUAUGCCCUGAUCACCUUGGUAUUCCCAGACUCUUCAUCGUUACAGCUGGCACCUGAGCCCCAGGAUCUCCCCAUACCUGACAAUGUCACUGCCAUCAAUAUUCCCACCACCUCAAACCUCCUUUCGCCGAUUUCGCACGAUACCUCCCUCGCCUUCUAUACCCAUUUUUCGGAAAUGGAGGACUUCUUGCGAGCCGCACAGGAGCUUCCCGCCCGAGACGUUGCGACGGAGGAGAACGAACAUGCGGUUUGGGUCAUGAAAGCUGCCCGACUCAACGGCAAUGGUGCUCGGGGAUCAUACAGAACCUGGCUCAGCGAGGGUUGGAGCUCGUUUGUGGAUCUUAUCAAACAUGCAGAGACGCUGGACAUCAUCAUCAUGUCACUGGGCUACCUUUCCAUGCAUCUGACCUUCAUUUCCCUGUUCCUCUCGAUGAAGCGACUCGGCUCCAAUGCUUGGUUGGCGAUCUCGGUCUUACUUUCCAGUCUGUUCGCAUUCCUGUUCGGCUUGGUCACGACCACCAAGCUUGGUGUGCCCAUAAAUAUGGUUCUGUUGUCAGAAGGCCUACCAUUUCUCGUUGUCACCGUGGGAUUUGAAAAGUCAAUCAUUCUCACAAAGGCUGUUCUUUCGGCCUCCUAUGACACCAAGCGACGACCCGAAUCGGGCUCAGCGAAUGGAAGUGCCGGUGGAUCUGCGAGCUUGUCCAACCCGCCCGGUUCGAUUCAAGAAGCAAUCCAGCUGGCAGUCAAGGACACCGGGUUCGAGAUUGUGCGAGACUACGCCAUCGAAAUCGCCAUCCUCAUUCUUGGCGCGGCUUCCGGCAUCCAAGGCGGACUUCGCCAGUUUUGUUUCCUGGCGGCUUGGAUCUUGGCUUAUGACUGUUUCCUAUUGUUCACCUUCUACACCACCAUCCUGUGUAUCAAGCUCGAGAUCAACCGGAUCAAGCGACAUGUUGCCCUCCGUAAAGCUCUCGAAGAAGAUGGCAUCAAUUACCGGGUUGCUGAGAAUGUUGCCACCAACAACGACUGGCCCACUGGUCAGCCCGAACAGGGAGCGGGAUUCAAUAUCUUUGGGCAAAAGAUCAGAGCAAGCAGCGUGCCGAAGUUCAAGAUCUGGAUGGUCACGGGUUUCAUCAUCGUGAACCUGAUCAAUCUUUGCACCAUCCCGUUCCGCACGGCCAGCAGUAUCAAGGCCACUGGGGCGACCAUCCCCAGUGUUCUAACUCCCGCACCUAUCGACCCCUUCAAGGUGGCGGAAAAUGGCUUGGAUGCCAUUUACGUUGCCGCAAAAAGCAAGAAGAUUGAAACCUAUGUGACUGUUCUGCCGCCAAUCAAGUAUGAGCUGGAUCACCCCUCUGUGCAUAAGCCUGGCUCGCCCGAUGAUUUGAGCUUCUUUGAUUACGAGUAUACCGACCAGUUUCUCAAUGUGGUGGGUGGCCGCGUUAUUGAAGGAGUCCUCAAGAGUUUGGAAGACCCGGUCCUCAGCAAAUGGGUGCUGAUCGCGUUGACCUUGAGUUUGAUUCUCAACGGCUAUUUGUUCAACGCGGCUCGUUGGAGCUUGAAAGAGCCUCAUUCGACGACAGGCUCCCCAGCUGGAGCUACGGCGCCACAACUGGCACUGCCGCAAGCGCCUAAGCCUAAGCCAAUUCAGCUCGAUGCCGGCGAGGCCUCAACUAGAACGCCAGAGGAACGUGAGCAAAUGCUAAAGGAGAAAAAGGCCGCAUUCCUCACGGAUGAAGAACUCAUCGAUUUGUCGCUGAAGGGUAAGAUCGCAGGUUAUGCGAUUGAAAAAACCCUUGAGCACCCUGAGGCCAUGACGCGGCUGGAAUCCUUUGUCCGCGCUGUCAAGGUGCGGAGAGCAGUUGUUUCCAGAACUCCAGCAACCAAACGGUUUGCGGCUGUUUUGGAAUCGUCCAAGGUCCCGUACGAACACUACAACUAUGAACUUGUCCAUGGCGCAUGUUGUGAAAAUGUCAUUGGAUAUCUGCCCCUCCCGCUGGGUGUUGCAGGACCCUUGACAAUUGACGGCCAGAGCUACUUCUUGCCAAUGGCAACCACUGAAGGUGUCUUGGUGGCCAGUGUGAGUCGUGGAUGCAAGGCCAUCAACGCUGGCGGUGGUGCCUUUACGAUUGUCACCGGUGACGGUAUGACACGUGGCCCUUGUGUAUCUUUCCCAACCCUUGCCCGGGCUGCUGAGGCAAAGGUAUGGCUGGACUCGGAAGAGGGUCAAGGGCGAAUGCGAGAGGCCUUCAACUCGACCAGCCGAUUCGCUAGGCUACAGUCAUUGAAGACGGCAUUGGCUGGCACCUACCUCUACAUCAGGUUUAAAACAACCACCGGUGACGCCAUGGGAAUGAACAUGAUAUCCAAGGGCGUGGAAAAGGCCCUUUCCGUCAUGUCCACGGAGUGCGGUUUUGAUGAUAUGACGACAAUCACCGUCUCCGGGAACUACUGCACGGAUAAAAAGCCCGCAGCGAUCAACUGGAUCGACGGCCGAGGGAAGGCGGUGGUUGCGGAGGCCAUCAUUCCUGGCGAUGUUGUCAAGAGUGUCCUUAAAAUCGACGUGGAUUCUCUGGUGGAGCUGAACAUCUCCAAGAACCUCAUCGGGAGCGCAAUGGCUGGCAGUAUCGGUGGGUUCAAUGCUCAGGCUGCCAACAUUGUUGCUGCCGUUUUCCUGGCUACGGGUCAGGAUCCUGCCCAAGUGGUGGAGAGUGGUAAUUGCAUCACGGUCAUGAAGAACAACAACGGCAACCUUCAGAUCAGCGUGUCUAUGCCAUCGCUUGAGGUGGGCACCAUUGGAGGAGGCACCAUUCUCGAAGCCCAGUCGGUGAUGCUGGAAAUGCUUGGGGUUCGAGGGGCUCACCCAACCAACCCAGGUGACAACGCCCGUCAACUCGCCCGCAUUAUCGCUGCCGGCGUCCUCGCGGGUGAGCUUAGUCUGUGCAGUGCCCUUGCAGCAGGCCAUCUGGUCCGGGCGCACAUGGCGCAUAAUCGCAGUGCUGCUCCUACCAGAACAGCGACGCCCGUGUCUGCUGCGGUGGAACCUUUUCUGCGAGCCCAGAAUGCGUCUGGAUCUGGUGUGCCGCCGUCCCUGAAGAUGACGAAUGGGAAAUGAGAGCACCGUGGUCGUCAUGUUGAUGAUGAUAUACACACAAACAGCAUUGUAAAUAUGGGAAUUUGAGCGCACGGCGUUCAAAAGACGGCCAUCCGAGCGGCCUGGUGUUGGGUUCAAAAGUUUUCAACGCGCUCUGGGCAUCACCGGAUCAGGUUUGUCUCAACGAGAGGCGGUCAAGGUACAAGCACGGCUCUGGGCCGUGAAAUUCUCGAGGAAAGGCGCCACUGGGGACGGAAAAAGGCUGGUCGAGGAAUGGACAGGCGGCCAUUAAUCACGGCUUCCAGGAACAUCGCACACUCUUACAGUAGUAGUCGAGGCCGGUCAGCCUAGCGCAAACAUAUACAUCUAAUACACGAUUGUAAGGCAA